GACCAGCAAUUGUUGUGCUGGGAAAAUACAAAAAACGGAUUGAUGCGAGUCGCAGGAGGUUCUGCGCACUUCGGACAAGCGAGCCUGCGUUUGUCCGCGGCUGACGGCGCCUUCUAUACGCCCACACUGUGGACGGGGAUUUGCGCUUGGAGAACGGCCUCGUCCUGGCUGACCCUGGUAUUGGUGGCGUUGCUGUAGCGGUGAGGAUGAGGUGCGAGUGAUAGUGCGUACAGUGCCAGCAGAAAGAACGAUUGUGGAGCAAAGAAUAAUGAGGACAACGCCAUCGAAUUGCAGGACCCACGGACCCACCAUAAUGAGGGCGCAACCAUGGGGUUGCAAGUGCGCGGCGGAGAUGGCCACCGCCUGGUUUGAGCGGCAGUGCGCAUAGCAACAUCAAGACGGGUUCAUCCAGAAUGGAAAGAGGAGCACCCAGACGACCGGAACCUGGCCAAACCAAACGCGGAGCGAAAGCAGGAUGGAGAAUGUUGCUGUGACUGACGUCAAAGGCGGUGUGCGGCAAGCAACGCAGAGACUGGUCUACGGGAUGAUUCACUUUGUGGAGAAGGAGGACGGGGUGCACAAGAAGGAGAUGGAGAGGAAGAUUCACGGCUUUACUCCACCGCAGGAACAAGAUCUUCAUGGACAUGGCUUUACUCCACCGCGUAUCGGGCUGCAUCGGCGAUUGGAAUUGGAGUGCAAAGGAGGUAGAAGUGUGGAAAAUUGAAUUGAGAUUCAGAAUUUGCGUACUACACCUGUUUCAAACCACCGUGGCCCGUGUACGUAGAACCAACGAUUCUCAUCUUCAGAUCUCGAGAUCCAGAAAUCGAAAUCUAGAACGGAAAAUCCCUGUUCUGCAGUAAAGGAUCUCAAAAUAGCGAAAACGAAAAGUCCAAGAUCAAAAUCGAUUUCGAUUCAGAGACCAUUCGAAGAAACAAUCAGGUACCCAUCAACAGAAAUUCUUCAACGGAUGUUUUUUCUUGGGCGACGGGGUGCACCAGAAGUAUCGCGAGAUGGACUCUAGUGGAUGAAGGCCGAGGAAGAAAUGGACAUUGUCGCACAGGACGCUAGCACGGUGGACUGCAAGUGAGUAUUUUGUGUUGCAGUGCGCGGGAAAAGCUGAAAAGAG